AUUUUUCCAGGGGUCCCCCACCCAUUCCCAUCCCGCCUUCCACCUUCCGCCCUCCGUCAUUUGGCACUCCAUUGCAUUGUAUCCCAUCGUAUCGCGUCGGGGCGCAUCGCGGCGCAUCGCAUCGCAUUGUAUUUCGUCCCAUCCCGUCUCUCCCCGCCGUAUCCUGGAGGGGGUUUUCCCAAAUCCCAUACCCAGCCGCAAUCUCGACGAGUCACGAGCGGCACCGUCGUGGCCCCCGGUAACCACCACAUAUGAUGCUACUGCGGACAUGACAACAGAGCCAUCGUCGCCCAAGCGGCGGCAUAUAUUGUCAGCUUACAACCCUGAAGAGCCGCCCCCGACUUCCACACAUGAGGAGCACAACGCUGCACCCGAACAACCCGUCUCUGUAUCACCGCGCCGCUCCACGGCCACUCCGCUAGCCACAGGUGACGGUGCCGCACCAGAGUAUACCGAAAACCACCACAAAUCCUCAAAGUUCCGUUUCAAGUCGAGCCGUCGAUCCCGUCGCUCAUCACGACACCGCCAACGGGAUUACGACGACCAUGGCAAGGAAGCCUCGCACCGCUCAUCGACAAAGCGUCGCGAUGGAGAACGUGAUGAUGGCCACGACAGCGACCGUGAUGAGCACACCAGUUCCCGCCGCCACAGGCACCAUCACCACCACCAUAGACAUAAGAGGCGACGCGACCGCCCGCGCACCCGCUCGCCUACGCCGCCGAACCCACAUGGACCACCCCCACUGAGUCCCGAAACGGCUUUUCGCGAGUCGCUCUUCGACGCCAUGGCCGACGACGAAGGCGCUGCGUACUGGGAGGGCGUCUACGGCCAACCCGUACACCUAUACUCCAACCAGAGAUCUGGACCCCAGGGCGAGCUCGAGCAGAUGGACGACGACGAGUACGCUGCCUACGUCCGACAGAAGAUGUGGGAGAAGACCCACCAGGGGCUGCUCGAGGAACGAGCGAGGCGCCAAGAGCAGGAGAGGCAGAAAGAGGACAAGCAGAAAGAAGCGCAUAAGCUCACCAAGGAAAUGGAAGAUAGUCUUCGGCGUGGUGACGAGAGAAGAAAACGAAAGGGCUGGAGGUCAAGGUGGGAUGCCUACCUUCAAGCCUGGUCCGAGUGGGACGGCCAUGUCGAGACCAUGAGCUGGCCAGUAGCAGGAGGCAGCAGAGCGGACAUCAGCAGCGAAAAUGUCAGGGACUUCUUGAUCAACGGCCUCGACCCCCUCGCGAUAGGUGAGAAGGAGUUUCUGGCCAAGCUGAAGGAGGAACGAGUUCGAUGGCAUCCGGACAAGAUUCAGCAGAGGCUGGGCGCAAGGUUUGAUGAUUCCGUUCGUCAAGACGUGACAGCAGUCUUCCAGAUCAUUGAUAAACUAUGGUCCGACACUCGGUCAAACGGAUGACAUGCAAAAGGCAAGGCGUUUUACUGGUCCUGUAUUUUUCUCAACAUUUCACUCACAAGAUACCCAUGGCUAUUAGAACAAGAACUGGAAAAA